UUGUUGUCACUUGUCAAUAAUCAGCUGUUGACUUGGAGCUCGCUGGGCGGUGGGCGUCUGGCCUGUCAAGCUAUCAAGGGAAGGGGAUUCUGCCACGCUCGCUAUUCUGCUUCGGGUUCUGUUUCUUCCUCACCUUUUGAGAAGAGGUAUUAGGACAAGCUUGAAGAAUGGAAUUUGCAGAAUUGAUUCGUAUAUCACGAUGUGAUCGUGUUAUGCUUCAUCGUCCCCAUCACCCUGUGCUUGACGGCACUUUGUGCAUCACAGGACAUCAUCUCAUUGUAUCUUCUUGUGAUAAGGAGCCUCAAGAAUUAUGGCUUCUCCAUAGCAACAUUGAUACUGUAGAGAGAAGACAGCAGGGCAUGACAGGAGGGACACUUUGGCUCAAAUGCAAAGAUCUGAGAAUACUCCAGCUUGAUGUUAUUGGUGCAGAUCAGUUUGCCAAAGUGGCAGAUACACUAGAAGAUCUUAUACGUGUUGAGGAGCCUCUACUCCAGUAUCCAUUCUUCUACCGAGCAAUGUAUCAGAUACUUGAAGAUGGAUGGACUGCAUUUAUGCCAGAAUCAGAAUUUUCACGUUUGGUUCAACCAGGGGAUGACUGGCGCAUAUCGUAUGUAAAUAAAGAUUACAAGGUUUGUCCUUCUUAUCCAAGUGCUGUUGUAGUACCCAAGAAUAUAGAGGAUAAUGAUCUUAUAGCUAUUGCAAACUUUCGCCAAGCAAGUCGCUUUCCAGUAUUAGCCUAUCGACAUGAGGGAACAGCUGUAUUACUUAGGAGUGGACAGCCCCUUAUUACAGCCAAUGGAAAGCGUUGUAAGGAAGAUGAGCGAUUGUUGAAUAGCGUGCUAGCAAGAGACAAGAGAGGAUAUAUAAUAGAUACACGUACACAGAAUCUAGCACAGUCUGCUAAGAAUCUUGCGCAGUCAGCAAAGGUUCAGCUGCGUGGUGGAGGAUAUGAGCCAGAACUUCACUAUCCCAACUGGCGUCGUGUCCAUAAACCCAUUGAUCGUCAUCAUGUCCUCCUUGAUUCCUUAACUAAGCUUAUGGACGGCAUCAAUGACACUAGCAGUGGAACAGACAAGUGGCUGAGUAGGUUGGAGAGCAGUAGCUGGAUGAACAAUAUCAAGGAAACCUUGAAUUGUGCAUGCCUUGUGGCACAGUGUCUUGAUCAGGAAGGAGCAUCUGUUCUAGUGCAUGACACAGAUGGGAUGGAUUCCACUUUGCAGGUCACAUCACUGGCUCAGAUAAUACUCAAUCCAGAUUGUCGCACUGUCAGAGGUUUUGAGGCACUAAUAGAACGAGAGUGGAUUCAGGGAGGCCACCCCUUUGCCUCUCGUCAUGCCCGUUCGUGCUACGCCCCCAGCACCCAGCGCUCCAAAGUCAACUCUCCCACAUUCCUUCUCUUCCUUGAUUGUGUCUACCAGAUUCAUCACCAGUUUAGUUGCAGCUUUGAGUUUGCUGAGAACUUCUUAGUGAUGCUCUUUGAGCAUUCAUAUUCAUCUCAGUUUGGAACAUUUUUAGCAAAUAAUGAAGGUGAGAGGAGAGCCAUGAAGGCCCAUGAGAGAACAGCCAGUUUAUGGUCCUUUGUAAACCGGCCUGAGGUGCUUCCCAAGUAUCUGAACCCCAUGUAUGAGCCAAACCAGCGUGUCAUAUGGCCAUCUGUGGCACCAAUGAGCCUGCAACUGUGGGCUAGUGUGUUUUUGAGAUGGGUGGUAGACCAAGGGCCACAGGAGGCUGCCUGGACUAUAGUGAGGGAGCUGAGGGAGAAGGAAUCCUCCGUCAGAUCCCAGGUGGCAAGAUUAAGACGUCAGUUACAAGACUUAGAACGUGAGGCAGUAGAUGUUGGCAUUCUGACACCACCAGCAACAGGGGAAGUAGAGGUGGCUUAAAAUCCCUGUGGAGGCUGUAGUUUAGCCACAAAUAUUGUUGUGCAUUGUAUGAAUACAUUAUUACAUACUUUCUAUUGUUCUUAAAUGCUAUAAAAUGAAAGGUUGUUUGAUAGACACUGAAUUACAGAAGCACCCAAAAAUAUGUAAUGUUUGAUAUUUUUGUUUCACAAGUGCAUAAAAGACAAAUGCUUAGCGAUCAUAUCUGUAGGUUCUUUUAGUCUUAGAUUAUGAUGAUAAUGGAAUAAGUGUACAUAGAUACAAGUGUAUUUAAUAAUUACAAAUGGAAUGAAACAGUUACUGAAGAUUAGGACCACAGGAGAAUUGAUAAUGAUCGUGAUUGAUAA